AUGACUUCUAAUAGUAGAAUAUGUUAUAUAAAAACUACAUUAAUUAAUAGUAUACCUAAUGUUUUAAAAAUUCUAUUUAUUUCUUCAAAUAAUUAUUCUCUUUUUAAAACUGGAUUAAUUUCAGUCAAUCAUCUUAAUAAUGCAUUAUCUAAUAAAUUACAUAAUAAUUUAAUUAGCUAUAAUAGUCGUAAAUUAGAGUGGAAAAAUAUUUCUGAUAUUUUAUCAUUUUUAACUGAAUCUUUAAUAGAAUCUUUAUCAGUUCAUAUGUAUGAUGGUACUCUUGAAAAUCAACAUAUGAGAAAUUUUAAUAAUACUAAACUUAUUGAUUUUAUUUAUUCUGAUUUAAAAAAUACAAAUGAUUAUUUACAAAUAAUUAAUAAUAUAAUGGAAUUUUCAGAUAUUAAAUAA